GGCAGAGAGGCCCAGGGACAGCAUGAUGGACCUUUUUGAAACUGGCUCCUAUUUCUUCUAUUUGGACGGGGAGAAUGGAGCCCUGCAGCAGCUGGAGAUGGCUGAGGGAUCCCCGCUGUACCCAGGCAGCGACGGCACCUUGUCUCCAUGUCAGGACCAAAUGCAGCCAGAGGCCGGCAGUGACAGCAGCGGAGAGGAGCAUGUGCUGGCACCCCCGGGACUACAACCCCCUCACUUCCCCGGCCAGUGUUUGAUCUGGGCUUGUAAAACUUGCAAGAGAAAGUCGGCCCCCACGGACAGACGGAAAGCAGCCACCCUGCGGGAGAGGAGAAGGCUGAAGAAGAUCAACGAAGCCUUCGAGGCUCUGAAAAGGCGGACUGUGGCGAACCCCAACCAGCGGCUGCCCAAGGUGGAGAUACUGAGGAGCGCCAUCAGCUACAUCGAGAGGCUGCAGGACCUCUUGCACAGGCUGGAUCAGCAGGAGAAAAUGCAGGAGAUCGGGGGGGACCCCUUCAGCUUCAGCCCGAAGCAGGGAAAUAUCCCCAGUUCGGAUUUCCUGAGCACCUGCAGCUCCGACUGGCAAAGCGUUUCAGACCAUUCCCGAGCCCUAGGAGUGAGCCCCAAAGAAGGAGUCUCCGCUGUCGAGUCGUCGGCCUCCAGCAGCCUCCGCUGCCUCUCCUCAAUAGUGGACAGUAUUUCUUCCGACGAUCCCAAACUGCCCAGCGCGGACGAAGCGGUGGAGAAAUAAACCCGGGUUUGUGGUAGUG